GGGUCACUGUUGGAGGAUCGCAUUGGCGGCGAAGGCAGCAGAGAAGAAGCGAGGCGGGGGGGAAAGCGAAUCACAGGCGCAUAAGAAAAUCAGAGUCGGAGUCGACCAUCAUCAGUUCAGACAGCCAGCUCUGGCAGAUGCACCCGGCUGUCAUAACUGGCUUUUAGACCCAGGACGAGUCGGCAGCCAAAGGAGCAGCUCUCCUCCUGUUAUUGCUACUAUUUUUCUUAAAAGAAUCCUUUUUUUUUCCUUCUAAAGUCCUUCCAGAGGAGAUAGAAGAGGAGAUCAAGCAAGUCCCUGCGUGAGAGGAAACGGGCUGUAUCUCAACCGUUGCUGAACUGCCAUGGGCCUCUUGUGGUUCCCUAAACUCGUCCUGAUGAUCUCAGCCUUCGUCCCACAACGGUCCCUGAGCUGUCCCUCCGGAUGUCGCUGCUACAGCCUCACGGUGGAGUGUGGCUCACUCGGCAUCAAAGAGGUCCCACACGGCAUCCCUUCCAUCACCGAGACCAUCUUUCUCCAGGACAACACAAUAGUGCAGAUCCGUCUUCAGGAUCUAACUGGCCUGGAAAGCCUCCAUUAUCUGUACCUCCAGAAUAACAGCAUUUCAGCCUUGGAGCCUGGGGCUUUUCUGAACCAAGGACAGCUAUUGGAGCUGGCUCUGAAUGGUAACCUCAUCCACUUGGUCACCCCUGACAUGUUUCAGGGUCUAGAGCACCUCCGGAUUCUUUACCUUGCUGGAAACCAGAUUACCCGAAUCCAGGAUCACACCUUCAGAGGACUGCAGCGACUGCAGGAGCUUCACCUGCAGGAAAACAGCAUAGAGCUGCUGGCAGAGCAUGCUCUGUCUGGGCUUUCAUCUUUAGCUCUCUUGGACCUCAGCAAAAAUCACCUCCGCACACUUGGAGCUUCGUUUCUCAAACCACUUGUCAGUCUGCAAGUACUCCGUGUCACAGAGAACCCGUGGCGCUGUGACUGCGCUCUCGCCUGGCUACGAACCUGGAUCAGCGAAGACGGACAGCGUCUGUUGAGUUCUGCAGAGCAGCGAAGGUUGAUGUGCUCCGAGCCGCCCCGUCUCUCCCACCUUAGCCUGGCAGAGGUGGCUCCCAACAGUUUGGUGUGUAUCCCCCCUGUGGUGCAGCUGGAGCCCAGCCACCUGACCGUGCGACUCGGAGAGAGCCUCAGAGUCUCCUGCCAGGCAUCAGGAUACCCUCAGCCUCUGGUAACUUGGAAGAAAUCUGCUCACGGUAGGGCCCAGCUAUCACCUCGGGGGCUGUUCCAAGAGCUCGGACCCAGUGGGGACCUUUUUAGAUCUGGAGCAGGUGGAGUGGUGACAGCUCUGCCCAGCAGCGGAGGACUCAAGGUGGGAGGUAUUGGAGGAAUCAAUGGGGUUGUGCGUGGGACUGAGGAAGGUGCUGAAAGGGACAGUUUUGAUUCAGACAUGGGCAGUGGAAUGCUGUUCCUCAGCAAUGUGACUGUAGCGCAUGCUGGCCGCUAUGAAUGUGAGGCAUGGAACCCAGGAGGUGUGGCAAAGGUUACUUUCCACCUUGCUGUCAACAUGUCUUCCUCCUACACAUCCCAGUACUGGCCUCGUUUGAACACUCACUCAUUCGUUUCCUCUUCAUCAAGCUCUUUUUAUCAGCCAGACGUUCUUGACGUUAGCCAGGAGCCUUUGUAUGAGCAGGACAGCAUGGACUUCACCGCUCUAGGCCCAGCCACACAGACUGCCAUUGCUAUUGGCAUCUCCUUGCUGGCGCUUACCGCUGUUCUCCUCCUCAUUAUGAUCUACACUCGGCAUCAGCAGUAUAGCAAAGAAGAGAGCGGCUCGUACUGCGCAAACAAAGAGGAGAGCAUCCUCUAUGUAAAUGACUACUCUGACGGACCCACCACCUUCGCGCAGCUCGAGGAGUACCGAGAUGACCACGGUCACGAGAUGUACGUACUCAACCGGGCCAAGCCGGUCGUGGGUUCCAAUGUAUCCAGAUGUUCCAUGAUGAGCGGUUUCAUCCAGCAGAAGGGCAUGAAGGAAGCUCUCCUUGACCAUGAAAUGGUGCAGACAUUAACCAGAUCAGGAGGAGCAGGGCUUCGCAGAAACCCGGCGGACGGAGGAGAAGGGCCUUUGACGACGGAUCCAGAGGAGCUCUUUCUCAACCAGAGUCUCCUCUUUGGAUCACAGGUUGCCUAUGAGAUCCACUGUUAAGAUACCUGUAAAAUAUGCCUACACGCUAAAAAAAAAUGUUUGUGGACUUUGACAAAAUCAUUUUGGUGAAGUGAUUUCAAGCAUUUGAUCAUUAUCAAGCCAUUAAAACAGGAGACUGGAGCGAUUGUUGGUGGGAGAUGGGGGCUAUGGUCACACACAGUUUGCCAGGGAUCCCCAAUGACUUUAUGUCAUUAAAAAGGCUCGAUGGACUGAAAAGUGGUCAUUACAGGGAUAAUUACUUGUGAUCCAUACUUUUUGGUCCCCAUAUAAACCCUUUAAGUAUCAGUAUUACACCAUUUCAAACUAAUCUCAACUGCGCAAGAAGCAAUGGAUACUGAUGGUUGACUAUUUUGUACAAAUUUUUUUUUUUAGUUUAAGCUGUUUUAGUUUAGUUUUGUGUAAAUACAAUGAAGCCACUUUUCACUGUGAAGUGUAGCUGUUUUAUGGACCUUCAUGCAGAUUAGAGUUCCAUUAUUUCUACAAGUGAAACUGCAUUAUCCUUUCCAUUUGCCUGACUUGGCAUAGUGAUGGUAGUGAGGGUAAUGGGGAUGGAGGGUUGAUUAAAAAAGUUCAGUCUGACAAUUAUUUUUUUGUGUGUUUAAUGGCGUUGAAGUUUCAUUUAUUUAUUUUUUUGUCACAGAUGGAGGAACAGAGGUGCAAAACACAGUGACACCACAAAGACGCAAAACGAGUCAAUAAAACACCCAUUUACAUAUUCAUUUGUAUCUUCAAAAGACCAAGAAAGAACUAAAAAGACUUUAACUUUUGAAAGAAUCAACAACAGAACAAAGAACAAACGGGGUUUGAAGUAAACACUUCAUUUGCAAUUACAGUCUCAGAGAUUUUAAUCCAUGGCCUCCUAACUUGAACAUCAUUGGGAAGCCAUUUGGGAAAAAAUGUUGGAAUUAGAAGUUGUGGAUUUUGAACACCAUGGCGAGCUUGCAAAAGUAGCGUUUUUCUGUUGCUUGCACAUUUCUUACCAGAAUAUUGUGAAAAUUUAAUACAUGAAUUGUUAGACUCAAGCUGAAAAAAACGAUGUAACAUACGAUAUGAUCAUAUUAGGAAUGUGGGCGUGGUUAACAAAAAAAAAUUGUUGCAAAGCGAAUUCAAAAAUGUACUUUUGCCGAUUCUUUUAAAAUUUACAUAGAUCUGUUUGUCACUCCCGGGUGACCAAACCCUAAAGUGGUUGCUGUGGAGAUAAAACCAACAGAGAAGCCACCUUUUUGAAAAAAAAGGCUUUUUUUUCAUGAAUUUGUCACAUGACUAGGGCAUUAGUGGGUCACGUGGGUGGGGGGAGGGUAACUCCUGUGGGGCAUGCCACUCAUGGUUAUAAUACUUUUUGUUGAAUAUGUUGUCUAAAAAAAUAUAUUUGUUUGGUUUCAACACUCUUUUUAAACCGAAGCUCAUAAACUCAUCUGUUCUGAUAUGAGGAAUCAUAUUUGGAUUCUUCAGACUGCAACAGCCAUGAAAACCUUUACUCCUUAAUUUCUAUACAAUAAAAGACCUCCAAAACA